AUGACGCUCUCGUUGGAGAAAUCCUCGAUUUCUCUAUUACUCUUACUAUUUCUCGCUAUCACCACCAUCUCCUCAGCCCACAAUAUCACUCUUAUACUCGCCAAACACCCUGAAUUCUCAACCUUUAACCGUUAUUUAACCCUAACUCACUUAGCUUCCGAAAUCAAUCGCCGCCAAACCAUCACCGUUUGUGUGGUGAAUAACGCAGCCAUGGGCGACCUUCUCGAUAAACAGAUGUCCAUUUAUACUCUCAAGAAUGUUCUCUCUCUACAUGUUUUUGCAGAUUACUUUGGUUCCAAGCAACUUCAUAGGAUUACUAAGGGAACAACCCUAACUGCCACUCUUUUCCAAGCAACAGGUGAGGCUCCCGGAACCUCAGGGUAUGUCAACAUCACUAACAUGAAAGGUAAAAAAGUAGGGUUCGCCACAGAAGACAACGAUGGUCAUUUCUCAACAAAUUUCGUCAAAUCCAUACAAGAAAUCCCUUACAACAUCUCCGUCAUACAGCUAAGCAACAUCAUCACAUCCCCCGCCGCGGAAGCUCCCGUGGCUGCUCCGGCAGACGUUGAUUUAAUCGAUUUAAUGUCCAAAAAAGGUUGCAAAGAAUUCGCAAAACUUUUACAAAAUACCCAAAUUUCGAAACAAUUUAUCGAUCUUAUGGAAAAUGGUCUAACAGUUUUUUGUCCGAUUGACAAAGUCGUUAACAAUUUUUUACCUAAGUACAAAAAUUUAACAAAAAAUGGACAAAUUUCUUUAUUAUUAUACCAUGGUAUACCAGAUUAUCAUUCUUUAGGUAUGUUAAGGUCAAAAAAUGGAUUUAUAAAUACUAUGGCAACAACAAAAGGUAAAAAUAAUAAAUAUGAUUUUUCUAUAAAAAAUGAUGGAGAUAAUGUAAAAUUAGAGACAAAUGUUGUAACAGCAAAAAUUACUGGAACUUUAUUAGAUGAGGAGCCAUUAGCAGUUUACAAAAUUGAUAAAGUUUUGCAGCCAAGCGAAUUAUUUAAAUCACAAUCUAUUAAUUCCGACAAUAGCGCGAUGGGGCCGAGUUCCGGUGCUGAUGAUGGUGAUGGUGAUAGCAAUGAUGACGGUGAGACGACUAAUAAUAAUGGGGGUAUGAUUAUGAAUGUGAAUGGUGGUUGGUUUGUGGCCUUUGUUUUGAGUAUUGGUUUGGUAUUUGGCUGA